GUGUGGGUUGUGGCUUGCACUUUUCUCGUUCAAACUACAGUAAAAAGUCCUUUUAUCGAGAUGAAUAGACGACAACAAACGUGGAACCGUUUGCAAGAUGAAAUGAAGGCGAAGAGGAAGCGACCGGACCCUCGCGGAAAAGGCAAAAGCAAGAAAUCUGGUUCCGCUCCGCACGAGUUAAUCGUGCAACGUUUAGCAUCUGAGCCAGACAACAAACAAACGUUUAGGCCAGUCCAACCAAGAGAGUUUGUGGCGUUUCCUUACGAGGAUCUUACGCUAGCAAACUUGAAGAAGGCUCUCGCUGACCAUUACAGUUUGCCAG